UGCUUUCUUAUAUUUGUGCAUAUGAAAUUCUGAUGUAUAUUUCUCAAGAUAUACUUAUGUAUAAAUAUAUGCAUUUAUACAUGCAUAUGUAAAUAAGAAUCUGCAUUUCAUUUCAAUAUAUUUUCAGAUAUUUAGUAAAAUAUAUUGGGGCAAAGAACAUAUCCAUAACACAUAUCCAUAACAAGAUAGUUUUUUUUAAUGGUGAGCCAUUUACUUUUACAAUAAUUUAAUUAUUACUUACUUAUUUUGUUUAAAUUUAUCUACUUGAGUAUUUUACAUUUAUAGUGUGUGAAAUAAAUUAUAUACCGUAUUUUCCAGCGUAUAAGACAACUUUCUAAACCAUGCAAAUCUUCUCCGAAGUCAGGGGUCAUUUUAUACGCCGAGUUGUCUUAUACGCCGGAAAAUACGGUACGCCUUACAUUAUGGCAUUUUGGAAAAUUAUAUUUAAAACCUCUUGAGCAGCAUGAUGGCCUAGUGAUGAAGACGUUCACCUCCCAUUCAGAAGGUUGAGAGCUCAAUCCUAGGCAGCAACAGAUAUUUCUUUCUCAGAAUGUGAUCUCCAUGUAGGCAUCAGGAAGGGCAUCUGGCCAGUAAAUGUUCAGCUCCAUUCAGUCACCCAGACUCUGAAUAAAUAUCUUGGCCAUAACCCCCUCCCACAAAACAUAGCCCCUUUUGCAUUCCUCUGUAUCACAGUCAGCAAGGAGAAGUAGAAAGAAAAUCAUAAAUAUGUAACCAAGAAUAUGAAAAGAAACAUAUGGGAGGAAGCAGUCCUUAAGAGUUAAUGUUCUUUCUGCUGUUUUUGAGGCAGCCAAAUGGGCACAUCAUUCUCUAUUUUAAGAGUAGAAAGAGUUUGGAGUACUAUAAAGGUGAAACCCAGAGAUAGCUGAUUACCCUAAAAUGAAUCUAAAGUUCUACUUUAGACCAUAACUACACCAUUUAGUUUUCUAAAAACAUUAAUUAGAGGUUCAGCUCCAUUGAAAUAAAAUAUAAUCUGAAUUUGAGAGGAAAUUUAAUAAAUAUUUUACUAGCAGGCCUUUAAGCAGCCACCUUAAAAAAACAGAGAUCAAGUAUUAUCUAUUUUAAAAUCCUGUAUCCACACAUUACUCCAAAACCAAUUAAGGAUUAAUCUGUAUUAUUGAAGGAACACAGCCAUUCUGUUUGUAAUAAAAAUUAGUGGAAAUCCUUUUGAAUUCUAUGACUAGUAUUAAGUAUAUCCACGAAAGUCUCCUAUCACAAUUAAAGGGAUACACCAAUACUUAAGUUCGGCUGCAUGCUGUCCAUCUCUUAAACUGUCUUUAAACAAAAUAAAUGUUCCAUUUCUCUCAGAUUUCCACAUUAUAUAGACGUACAAGCAAUCCAAUAAUAUUCAGAUGAUUUGGUUUCAGUGCAAUUAUUGAUAAACAUUGACCCAGCAGAUGGAAAUUGAAAUCUAAAGCAUCUAGAUUUCAAUAUAUGCCAACCUUUAUUUGAGAUAUUGCUCCCGACUGGGGACUGCUGAUUAUGAGGCACCUGAGCAAGCCUAUUACUAUUCAUUUAAAGCAGAAUGAAACACUCACUUUUCCUAUUGCCUGGGACAAAACGUAUAUAGUGUGUAAAAUACAAUGGUAUGAUCAAAGCAAGAUUCAUGCACCGUUUUCAUAUUCAGAUUUCUCAAGUAAGUGAAUCAUUUUUCAUGGAUGGAUUUUUUUUAAUCAUUGUGUUUUACGAACACUAUUGGCAUCAAUAAUUUGAUUCUAAAAUUAUUUUUUAUAAAAAAAUAAUUAUCAACUAUUAAUGCAUACUUGAGAAAUACCGUAUUUUCUGGUGUAUAAGAUGACUUUCUGAACCAUGAAAAUCUUCUCAAAAGUCGGGGGUCAUCUUAUACGCUCAGUCGUCUUAUACGCCAGAAAAUACGGUGAUUCAAAAAGGUUUAAUAUAAAUUAUUCAGUUGCAGAUCUAAACUCCUCAACCAAUUUGCAAAAACUUGAGAAUUUAACCUCCUUUUUCUGGAUUCCAGAACAAAAAUAUUUUAUUCAUAAAGAACUGUCUGUAGCUGCAGCAUUGCUUCUUCCAUUCCAUAGUAGAGCAAACCACUUGUAGGGAUUUUAAAAGCUGAUUUUAAAAAUCCCUAAAAUGCUACUUGCACAUUGUUCAGCAGAGAUAACACAUAUCCACAAUCUAUAAAUAAACAUUCUCUCACCAGAAGUAGAAAGAAUUCUUGUCUUUAAUUUUAAUGAGUUUAAACACUUUAAAUCCAAGUGCAUUAAUUUAAAAUGGAUUUAAGUGGCUGGGUAGACCAAGCUUUCCACUUAUCCGGAUUCCUUCUAAGAACAUAACAUUUCAAAUAAUUUAUAAAGUGGGCAGACUGUUUAUAUGCAACCCUUUUUCUCACAUAGAUAAUGAAUGGUCCAAAGUUAAUUUGCUUAAGUGGAUCUUUAGUGUUCCUCCAUAAAUUGUUAGGCAUGAAUGUACAAGGAUAAUAUUGUGAUAAAUGCAUCUCAGUUUAAAAUGAUUUAAUAAUCCAACUGCUUUAUAAUAAAUGAAAGACAUAAAUACAAACCCGGUUAAAAGCAACUACGGCCCUUGGAGAGUGCAAAAAUAUAUGAGGUUUAACUUUGUUAAUGUUAAAUCAUCAUCAUGCAGAGUUGUUACCAUUCAUCUUCUAUGCUCUCAAAACACAUCAAAAUAAGUUAGCAGAUUAUAUGCAACACUGAAUAAACAGUUUGUUUUGAGAACAGUUCCUAAGCUUAGAAUAGCAUGUCCUAGACACUCGGCAUUAUUAUCCCAAAGACCAGCUAUUUUAGAUAGGAUCUUUAUUCUUUCUUGGUUAAUCAAAAUCUUCUAGGCUUUCUUUGAUUUUGAAUGUUUGCCUGCCAUCAUAUAAACAUGUAAUCAACCAAGCUGGAUUUCCUUUAGAUGCUGUAAGCAUUCCCCUUGCAGUUGGCUUCUCCUUAUUCACUAUUAAUGGCUGAGUAAUGGCUGUUGUUUUGCCAUGAAGUUGGUCUUGCCAUUGAAGCACAAGCCCCAAAUCUCCGGGUAUUUGUAAUAUAUUUCUUAAUCAUUGCAAAUUAAAUUCAGAAUUUGUCCUCGCAAUAAAACCACCAAGCAUACAAAACAUACAAUCCACCUGUGUUAGAUAUCUUGGUUCACUUAUUAUGUUUCCACAAAAAAAAAAAUGGACUAUGCAUGCAAAAGACCCUAGAUCAAAAUGUCAAAUGGGUUUUUGAAUGCCUAUAAUGCAUAUUGGUAUGAUGAAAGUUUUCUAACUGUACCAUUUCUAGAAUUAUAUUCUUCCCUAGUGGGCUAAGCCAACAUGAAGGGAACACUGCCAAUCCUGAUUUUACAACUCACAAAGUUCCUUGUGAUGAAUGAUACAUUAUUGCAUUUCAGGCACAUGGAAUGAGUUUCCUGUUUAUUUUUGUUCACCUAAAGCAGGGUAAAUAUACACAAGAAUUGUUAGGCUUUUAAAAAAUGUAAUUAACUUGAAAAUAAAAGAAUCUUAAUAUACAGUAUUAUAGCAGUGAUCUAGAUUUGUUGGGCUACUCUGGCAGUUGAAUUGUAGUUGUACAAUUACAGCUUUCUUGUACAACUGCAGUCUUCAGGUACAUCCUGAAGGACACCAGAAUAAAUCAUACAAUAUCAUAUUGUGCAGUAUGCCCUAAGAUCCAAGUUGGCUGAGGAUAAUAAUAUUGCUAGGAUUGGUCUGUUGCUUUGAUUUACUUUCCUCCCUGGACUCUUCCUUGGCUCUUUUCUGUUAUAUUAAGUCAUACAAUUUGAUUCAAGAUGUGUUUAAGUGAUCUUUGUUAUGUUAUCCUUCACUAAUCAUUCUUAUUUGAAGGUUUCUAUUAUUUGCAACUUACCUUAUACCAGCAUCUGAAUAAACAGCAGGCAGAUUGACAACUAUGCCUUUGUAUGCCUGUUUAAACAUAACAUAAUAUCAAAACUGAUCAACUGCUUCUUUAAUUUUAUUUUGGGAAUAAUAGUUCCCAAAAGGAGGAAGGGAAGGGAAGUUAAAUUCAAGAUUUAAAAUAAGUUUGUAAAUGCAAAAUCUCCAAGAUUCAAAAAUCUUUCCAUGCAUAAAUCCUCCAGUAAAUUUUGACUGGGAAAAUUUUUUCCCACAGUUUCUCCAAUUACAGCCAGCACUUUCUGCCACAUUUGUUUCUGUUAAGUAGUUCAUAAUCCUGGUGAGAAAUUUCAUUGCACUUUCUGAAGAAGAACUAAAGGGGCAUUCUAGCACUAUCACAUACCCCACAAAGUACUGUAAAUCAGGAAUAGUUACAACCCUAGACACUUCAGAAGAACUUGCAGCAACCCAGAGUUGUGACUAUUUCUCUCCAUUUAGGCAAAGGCUGUAGUGUUUCUAAAAUAAGCUGUGUUUUUGUUAAAAUGAGAAAACCUAAACUUCUUUCCAAAAAUCCAGGAAAAGAACCUUAAAAAGCUGCUGUACCCAUUUUCAUCUUUUCCCUUGUAAUUCUUCUAUGUACAAACACCAAGGCUGGCCCCCAACCACCAAAAGGCUACUCACUUUGAGAUAAAUAAAUGUUAAAUGGUUUCUUUUAUCUUUUGCGUGGAGCAGAAAGAUGGUUAGAUAAAGGCAAAAUGUUACCGUACUUGUCCAUGCAUUUCUGCCUUCAGUAAAUAUUUCAGGUUAUCAUUUUAAUAAUCUGAAUCAAUAUUAUAUUUGUUUGGUUUUUUAUAUAUUUAUUUGUAAUUUUUAUUUUUUAUGCCCAUUUGUCACACAGUAAUUCUGGGCAGCUAAUAAGAUAUUCAGUGACGGCCACAUACUGCUUUCUAGUUCUGCAUUAUGAUUACUUCCUUAUUUUGAUGUGUCAUUUUUAAUCCUGCCUUUUAGUCUUUUUAUUUUUGUGGUGAGUUAGGUACACCCAAGUGAUUUUUCAAAUACUGGAAAGCACAUGCUAAAUCUCUUUGGCUGGUGUAUUCUUUGGAAUGGCAUUAUUAAUUAACAACAGCUUCCUCAACCUUUUGAUAGUGGUGGGUGUGCUCGCAAACGUGCUGCCAUGUCUGUCAAAUUAACAGCGGUGAAGAGAGUUCAAAGUUCUCCAAACCUUUUGACCGCAGGACUUGAUUCCCAUUCACCAGACUCAGCUUGGAGAUCAUUUAACAUUGGAAAUAGAGAGACACUGAAUGGAGACACUAGCAGCUCCUCUCUUGCAGCAAAGGGCUUUCGAAGUGUCCGGCCAAACCUACAAGAAAAGAAAUCACCAACUCAGGCACCCUCCCUACUCCCUAAGAAAAAAAGUUUUGGUAGAUUUGGAAUAUCUAAUCUAAAGAAGAGUGGAAGUAACUCCUGUUCUGUAACAACCAAACAAACUAAGCCAUAUCCUGAUGGGAACUACUCUACUAACAAGGAGUUUCUUCAGAGGACAAUUUAUUCUAAAAAGUCUAACACAAAAAUGUCUUGCACGCAAAAAAGCAUGAAACCACUGGCCUCAGUUUCUAGCACAAAAACAAUAGCUGGCAUUAGAACUAUUGUUCAUCAAGGCCACAAACAGCCUCAGAAACGUAGAGUUUCUACCCUGAAAUUAACUCAGGCACAAAAUGCAUCUAGUAGUGUUCCUUCUCAUACACAGCAAAUGCCUGAGUCUGGUGGUGCCUCAGCAGCUCCAUGGAGGUCUGCCUCACCUGUCUGUAACCCCGUGCCUGAGAUACACAAAGCAUCUCUCUCCAUUCAGAUAGCUCCCAUCCCUGAAUGCCAACAUCAUCCAUCUAGAUUUUCUCCAGACCCUUCAAAGAUGCCAGCAGAAAAUAUGCAACAAAUGUCUGAUGCUCCGGCUGCGCAAUGCCAUGUGCUUGGAAACCAGAAAGUGACUGCCAAUGUGAUGGAGGCUCAGAUAACAGUGAAUGGGAAUUCUAACUUGGCAACCAGCCCAAUGAGUUACUUUCAAAGACCUUUCUCCCCUUCUUUGGCGUACUCUCCACCAGUCUCAUUCAGUUCAAGCUCCUCUCUCCUGCAACAGAGCAGGACAAUGGAAUCUGCAGAGACAUAUCUACAGCAUGUACACUCUACUGGUGGCGGUGACAGCAGCAGCAGCACAACCACCACCACCAUACCGAUCUGUAGGACUUCAGAGGAAGAAAAGAAAGUCACAGUCAUUAAAGCACCACAUUAUGCAGGAAUUGGGCCAGUUGAUGAAUCAGGAAUUCCAACGGCAAUUAGAACGACUGUUGACAGACCAAAGGAUUGGUAUAAGACAAUGUUUAAGCAAAUCCAUAUGGUUCAUAAGCCUGAUGAUGACACUGACAUGUAUAAUACUUCAUAUGCAUAUAAUACUGGUAACCUCAGUCAAUCACUUUCUGCUCAAGCACAUCCUGUUGCAAAGACUCAGACAUACAGGCCACUGACAAAAAGUACUUCUGACAAUGGCACUGAAGCCUUUAAGGUCUCUUCACCUCUACCACCUCCAGUACCACCUGUUCGUCCUUGGCAAAGAUCUGCCCCAGAAAAAAAUGAGUGGGAGCCUCCUGAUAGAAAAGUAGAUACCCGCAAAUUCCGUUCAGAACCAAGAAGCAUUUUUGAAUAUGAGCCAGGAAAGUCUUCAAUCCUUGAACAUGAAAGACCAACUGAUCGCAUAAAUCCAGAUGACAUAGAUUUAGAAAAUGAACCCUGGUAUAAGUUCUUUUCAGAACUGGAGUUUGGACGUCCGCCUCCUAAAAAGCUUUUGGAUUAUGUUCAAGACAAUCCUCCAGGUUUUUCCAAAGAGACAUCUUUAUACUACAGUCCAACAGACAGACACGUGGAUAGACCUUCUAGUUCUGCAAGUACUUCAAGUGAUUACAGAAAACGAAGGAAGUCAGAGCCUACAGUAACUCAGCAGAAAGUCCACCCUGAUCAGAAUGUAAAUCGAUACACUCUUGGUCGUACAGAUACGCAGAGCACCUAUUCAACCCUUAGGAAGCCUGUUACAACCUCUUCUCCAUCUUCUCCAUCAAGAGCAAAAGACCAGGAAUCUCCUGGAAACUAUUCUUCUGCUUUCACUGAUGUGAGUCGAUGUAUUCCAAAGGAAAGAAGAGGAACUCCAGACAGAGAGAGACUGCCAGCUAGAGCAGUAUAUGACUUUAAGGCUCAAACUUCUAAAGAGCUGCCUUUUAAGAAAGGAGACACUGUCUAUAUCCUCAGGAAAGUGGAUCAAAACUGGUAUGAGGGCGAACACUAUGGAAGAGUUGGGAUUUUUCCUAUUUCUUAUGUUGAGAAACUUAUUCCCCCAGAAAAAGCACAGCCAGCAAGACCGCCACCUCCAGCACAUGUGGCCGAGAUUGGAGAAGCUAUUGCAAAAUAUAAUUUCAAUGCAGAUACAAAUGUGGAACUUUCAUUGAGAAAGGGAGACAAAGUUAUUCUUCUUAGACGGGUUGAUCAAAACUGGUAUGAAGGCAAGCUACCGGGAACAAAUAAGCAAGGAAUCUUCCCAGUGUCCUAUGUAGAAGUCAAAAAGAGCAUGGCCAGAGGAGAAAAUGAAUAUCCUGUUCCUCCCAUUCCCCAGAGUUACUCAAGUGACAGAAUCCACCAUUCAGCUAAGUGGGAUUCCAAAACACCACCCCCUCCUCCCAGAUACAGAUCCUCUUCUUAUCCAGAUUCCAAUAAAAGACAUCUUCAGGCCAUCACUGAUGAAUGGUUGUCACUGACUCUUGGCUUUCCAUCUUCAAGCACACCUUCCCCUCCUCCUCCUCCUCCUCCUCCUCCUUUUCCUAAAAGCUUUCUUUCUGGUUUAGAGGAAUUUGGCUCUCUGCCUUUAACAGGUUCAGAGAGGACAGGCCACCUCUCAGAUAAUGUCACUCCUCAAAUAAAGCAUGGCCGUACUGUUCCAGUUCCCUCAUCAAAGGUCUCCCAUUCGUUCCCCGACUCUUCACCCAAGCCAUUUUCUUCAUCUACAUGUACAUCACGUCCUCCAGCAACUCAUUUUCAUGACCAAGCACAUAAGCUUGAGUGGAACCAUUUCAAAGGGAUGAAAGAAAACCCCACUGUCAAGGAAGAGAAAAGCCCCUCAAACCCUGUGCCAGAAAUGCAAAAGAUAGCAGGCCAUACCCUUGCCCUCGCCAAAGAAGACCUGUUAUCCAAAACACUGAAGGAAGUUGGCAAACAGGAGGAACUCUGUGAGGAGCUGCUGUCAAUAAUUCAAGGGGAGCAAUCAAAAAGUAAAGAUUUAAGUUUCUACAGGCAUGCCCCUGAGGUGCCUGAAGAAUUGGCAAGACUUCAUAUAGAGGAAGAGCCAGACCUUGACCAUUUAGAGUCAACAGUGGCAAAUAAGAGAGAAUCUAUGAUAACUUUUGAAGGCAACAGUUCAGCAGAUACUAAAAAAGAGCCAGCAUCACUUUCCCAUGAGAUGAAAGCACGUUCUACCUCUCCUUCCUGCCUUGCUUCUAGUUCUCCAUUUCAUUCAGCCACAGCAUCUUUUCCUGAAUCUAUUUCUGCAUUUUCCAAGGCCACUGUUACCCAUUCACCCCCUCUCCUUUCAAAACUCUCAUACAGACAAGAGAAAAAAUCAUCCAAGUUAAAGGCUGAUAUAAAAAGAGAAAUCUCUGUCAUCGGCAAACCUCCUCGUAGUCCUGCUUUGAUUAGGAGAUCUUGUGGCUCACCUGUCAGAGGGCACAGCUAUUCACAUAGGCCACAGCGCCCUGUGUUUGCUCAUGACAGUGGGGGGGAACCGUUUCAGGUUCUGUAUAACUAUACUCCUAGGAACGAAGAUGAAUUGGAGCUGAGAGAGGGAGAUGUCAUUGAUGUGAUGGAAAAGUGUGAUGAUGGAUGGUUUGUGGGAACCUCCAGAAGAACAAAAUGUUUUGGUACUUUCCCUGGAAACUAUGUCAAGAGGCUGUGAAAUGAAUAUUUGUUUUUGUUCCUUUCUUAUUUAUGCUGCAUCUCUGCCACACAUCUGCAUAAAAACUGCUAGAAAGCAUCCUCCACCAGCAUCCUUCAGUUUUCCUGCUUUGCAAAUCCAGGUAGAAAUCAUGCUGCUCAUCUUCACCAUCUUCAUGCCAUCUGCCAGCCAGCAGUAUUAUUCAACAGCUAAAAUGGAAUCCCUGAGCUUUUGUGAAACAAGAGGAAUUAGUUCUAUGUGAAAUACAUCUUUUUACACCUUUGAUUUUUCUCUGGCAAUGCCAAUUUGGAAAGCACGUAUAAAAAAAAGCUUAAUGGAACAAAUAGCAUGGCACUUCAAAAUGUUACCAGUUAUUUGGGGGAAAUUGCAAUAGUAUCCUUAUGAAAAAAAACUACUAUCUAUUAUCACCUAAUAUAUAGAACAGAUUGCCAUUUACUACAUUUUAAUGGGUUUCCUUUUUUUUUGAGUUUUCACGUUUGUAGCUCAGCAAAUAUAUGUUGCUGUCAGUUUGCUGUGUCACAAGUUUGCCUCUUCUUUUACCCAUUUGCAAGAUACAAUUAGUACUAAAAAUAUAUUUUUUUCCAAAUGUAUAUUGCAAUAUCUGCAAAAUGCCUGUAAAAAUUUAAGCAGAAAUAAUCAAAAGUAAUAUUGAUGCUAGAAUACUUCAUAAGCCAUGAUUUCCAGCUGCAUCUCAUAAAACAUUUUAUUAGAAUUAGACCAAUGAGGAUCAUAAAUUGGUUAAAAUCAUUUUUUUUUCAAAAUAAUAAGAGCUUUAGACAUGAAUUUAGUAAGUAUGGAAGCAUGAGUUAGAUUUCCUGCACCUUCAUGUAUUAAUAUAUAAAGUACAAAAACUUUCAUCUGUUUGUAGGAAGAAUCAGAAGCUCCCAACACAGUGAUGUCUCAAUAGGGAAAAUGUGUCAUAUUCUAUUGAUAUGUGCUAAUACAGGAAACAUGAGUUGGAUGUACUUUCUAUGUUCAUGUAAUUAAUGUCUUAAAUUAAGUGGAGAGAUGUGUAUGCAUGACUCUACAGGAUGAAAUUGAUGAUUCUAGUGUAGUGUACAUGUCUCUCUGGAAGAAAAGAGGGAGCACUAUCAUAUGUGUAAGUACAGUAAGUCUGUAUCCUGUACAUACACCUAUUUUUAACUCCAGGAACUCAUAGAAAGGAAAUUGUGUCUGUUAUUUGACAUUAGGAAAGCUCAGAAAUACUGGAAAAUCAUGAAUCAUUAUGAAGCAAACUAACAAUGAAUAAGUAUCUGCUUUAUAAAAACUUGCUGGAAUUGCAAUAGAGUAUGUGAAGUCUAAUUCAUUUAUUUAUGGAAAUUCAGUAAUGGAAGAGCAAUGUUAAUAUUCUGUUUGAUUGUAGCACAGUCACAUAGAGUUGGGGAAAUCUACCCAAAGUAUUAUAUGAUGCUAUUUUUUGGCUAGGUAACCGGAACUGUAUUUUCUUUCUAGCAACAUAGCAUUAAAACAAGGACGCAAACAGGAAAAUUAGUACCUGUGAAUGGAGUUUCAUUUUUGGAACAGUAUAAAAUAUUGAAGGCAAUAUUUGUGUGUGUGUGUGUGUGUGCAAGUUUUUAUCACAGCAGUAGCAGGUGAUAAAAACACAGGACUUUAUAUGAUGUUAUGUAAAGCCGUGCAGGUUUGGUUUUGUUGGCACCUUACAAAAGACAAAACAGAAAAUCUUUUACUGCAUUUCUAUUGUGGUAAAGGACAGAUCUCAUAAAUUUGUAGGCUUGUAGCAUUUUGUACAUAUAUUUCCUUUUUUUUUGUACAGAGCCAUUUUAUUGUUGAUUUUUUAAGGAAAAAAAUCAUGUUAAUCAUCCCUUUUCCACCAAUAAAAAUCACAUCUUUAUUUUGUUAGUUUCUCCUCCAAUGUAUAAGCACAUUUGGAUAGUGCAUUUCUGCUAAAUUAGCAAUUGAAGCAAAAGUUUUAUGAAUAAUAUUAUUGUUUACCAAUCAAAUUUUUAAAGUGUAUAUAUGUCUUUAAUAUGAAGAAAUAUCAAUAGGAUAGCAAAAGAAACAUCUUUGUGCUGCAUACCUUUAUUACUGCAAAUUUCAUGGCAAAAGCUUGAAACUUCCAAGGCUUUUUACUAUAAACUAAAUGUGCAUGCAGCUUUGCUGUGAAAUCUGUAAUAAUUUUGAUGCCAUUUAUGAAUGAAAACUUGUCUAUCUCUGAUGGUAUUUUAAAAAAUGCACUGUUUCUAUCCUGUAUCUGAUUUUAAUAGAAGAUGUUUUUCAUACCUGUUUUCAGGUAAUUGACUCUGAAUUCUUAUUUGCAAAGGAUUUCUGUGUUUCUUUUUCCUUGAAGAGACUUCUAAUAAAAAUGGCUUGAAAUACAU